GAUCCCAAGCUGGGAAGCGGAGUGGGAGGCCUGUCUUCGGCUUGAGGUCCCACUCAGAAAACCCCCAAAAUAGUGAGGACUCCUCGUCUUCGCUUCACCUUUUCCCCGGGCUAGUGGGGAUUCUCCCUAGUUCUCCAUAUUCACUGCCCUCCCGGCAGGGCCAGAGCUGAGAGAACAGCAGCAGGAGAGGGGCAGCAGGAUGAAUGUGGGCACGGCACACAGCGAGGUGAACCCCAACACACGGGUGAUGAACAGCCGCGGCAUCUGGCUCUCCUAUGUGCUGGCCAUCGGGCUCCUCCACGUCGUGCUGCUCAGCAUCCCCUUUGUGAGCGUCCCUGUCGUCUGGACCCUCACCAACCUCAUCCACAACAUGGGCAUGUACAUCUUCCUACAUACGGUGAAGGGGACACCCUUCGAGACCCCGGACCAGGGCAAGGCGAGGUUGCUAACCCACUGGGAGCAGAUGGACUACGGGGUCCAAUUCACAGCGUCUCGGAAGUUCUUGACCAUCACACCCAUUGUGCUGUACUUCCUCACCAGCUUCUAUACUAAGUACGACCAGAUCCAUUUCAUCCUCAACACUGUGUCCUUGAUGAGUGUGCUCAUCCCCAAGCUGCCCCAGCUCCAUGGAGUCCGGAUUUUUGGAAUCAAUAAGUACUGAGGGUACAGCCCCUUUCCCUGCCCAGAUGGCAGGAGAGGGGUCAAAGCCUGUGCUGUGAUGCUGAAGACAGAAGGAUCCUCUGGAUGCUGCCAGAGAUGGGAGUUGAGCCUCUGGGCCCUAGUUUUCCCUCUCACUUCCCCAAGUAGCUGACUUGAAGUAGCUUGUAGUGGGGUUGGGGUGGCCCCCGCCUCCAGGCUCUGACCCUUCUGAUUUUUUUGAUCUUUUCCUUUUGCCUUUUGGAUAGAGACUCUGGGGGUGGGGGUGGGAGGUGGCCAUGGAAUGGGCUGGGCUCCCAGGCUGAACACAUCUGUGAGGUUGGGACAAGAGGCCAGGGAAACCCCCUGCUGACUUGCUCGUCUUCAGACCGCUAAAGCACUUUAACCUCACCAAGGGGCCGGUACAGCUUCUAGAUCGUUUCAUUUUAGUUCUGAAACCUUUAGGAUGACCCUCAGUUUGUUUAUGUGUGAAAGCCAGUGCGUGACGGUGCCUCAUCCUUCUGGGUAGAGAACUGUCUAAUCCAAGUCUCUUGCUUUUGGCAACUCCCCUCCAACCCAUGCUGGGAAGUGGGGAGAAGUCAGGAGGGUAAGGAGAGGAAUGGUGGGGCUGGGUGUGGGUGUCCUGGUCUCAGAGGUCAGGGGACCAGGGUUGCUGCCAUCCUGCCCUGGUGGAGGCGGGGAGGGGAUGGGAGAAGGUGUGGGGAUGCUGAGUUGAGACUUAGAAGAAGGACAUCACCUAGCAGCAGAGACUGGUGUCAGGGAGGGAGGGAGGGAGGGAGAGAGGGAGGGGAGGGACAGAAGCUAGACCCAACCUUAUCCUUUGGGAAGUGGUCAGGGAGCAGGGGGCAGGCUCGGAGAGUUACUUCCCCCACAGCAUGGUGUGAAGGGGUAGCGAUGGGUGGAAGAGGCCUGUGAGUCAUCGUAAGCACAGGUCCAGUUUGACACUGCCUUCUGCAGUGAUGUGAGGGACAUGGGGAAACUGGGAAUGAUGAAUGGUGGGGCCCUUCUGCAGUCCUUCACCCCAUAGCCUCCUUGUGCAGACUGACGCUGGGGCAGGGCCCCUUGUGUGGCAUGCACACGUGGGGCUGUUGGGGCCACUCCCAAACGAGUCGGUGGGCUGCAGAGUCCUACACGGUCUCUGCUUGUGCAGGGCAGUGGAAGGAGCAAGGAGUGGCCUGCAAGCCCUGUCUCCUCACUGAAGAGAAGAGAGGUGGGGCAGGAGCCUGAGGUGUCGCCUUUUCCCUCCCAUUCUGACUAGGGUCUGUGUUACCUUUGAGAAGGUGUGGGUGCCUGUGCCCUGCUCCAGGGCCCUGAGGGAGGAGGGGAGGGCAUUGGCUCUGUUUUCUGCCUCCUGGUCCCCCCAACCCCCACCCAUAUAUCAUAGGGAACUUUCACCUCAAAAUCUUUCUAAGCAAAGUGUGAAUAGGAUUUUUACUCCCUUUGUACAGUAUUCUGAGAAACGUAAAUAAAGGACAAUGUGUUCUUGUUUCACCCUGA